UAUAAAGGAACUUAAAUACCAUUACAAAAUCCAAAAUAUCUACAUCAAUUUCCAUUCCACUUCUCCAAACAACAUCGAAUUAAUUUUCCAAUUUCCAUUCUCCAGCCCCACUCCGGUCUCUCCCAACCCAGCGCAUUAUUCCUGAAAUCUUUCAAAAUCAGCGACCGGCAACGGCCAAGCGAGUGGCGACCAACUAAGAGGAACAAACGAGACUAUGCUAUGAUAAUCAAGAUGAGGAACGAUCGACGGACGAUGAGGAGAGACGAAAUCCGACUGACGGAGACCAGGCGACGAACUGAGAGGACGACCGACCAACCGACAACGACGAGAACAAUAUCUGACCAAGAAUCGAACAGAAAUUGCAGAGCUGAAAGAUUCAAACAUGGUCCUGUUAAGUGUACAAUAUUGAAUCAGGCUCUCAUUUCAUCAUGGAAGAAGGGUGGUACAAUGUUCAUAUUUGAUACACCUUGAAACAAGUGGCAACUCCCAAGGACAAAACAUAUAUGCAGCAGGUGAAUGAAAAUGCCCUGGCCUUAGCAUCUGCUUUAUUGAGAAGAAAAUGCAAAUUGGUGACUGGGGGCACUGACAACCAUUUGUUGAUGUGGGAUCUGACUACUUGAGGCUUAAGAGGUAUACUAGUUUGAACCUUUUCUUCUGUUAUUAUAAUACUUCCUAAACUACUUACCCAAAAAAAAAAAGGAAAAAAACUUCGUAAAUUAAUUUGCCUUUUGCAAGAGAAUAGAUGUUGGUAUCUCAAAACUUUGUUACAUCAUGGUUAUGGAUCGAUCUAUUUAUACUGGUUUAGUAA